GCGCAGGUGAGGUGAAUUUCGCCGACUUUGCAGGCAGACGGUUUUCGCGUUGGGACAUUGGAUCAUUGGGAUAUUGAUUGUCGUUCCGAGGGUACGUGAUGGUGAUGCCGAGGAUUUUGUAUGUCGCGAUGGCGAGCGAGAUGAGGAUAUAAGGACGUUGGUAGGUCGUACAGAAUCCGUUUCUCAUCAGCAUCAGCAUCGAACAGAACAAGAACAACCAAACAGUUCCAUCAGCUCAACCAAAACUACUACCACAAUCAACACUCUACCAAUCGCAACAACCCAAACCACAACAACCAUCAUGCCUGCCGCAUCAGACUACAAGGGUGCUUUCACCUCCUACUCCAAGGUCGAUGACCUCCCAGGCGCCAAGCUUGGUGAGCACUUGCACCACAUUUUCUCUGGAAUCAAGUCUCGAUCUGCCACUCCCUCCACUUCACGCAACACUUCCGUUGCCCCAUCAAGAGCACACUCGCCCGUGAGAGAGGUGGCCAAGUCAACGGAGGAGACCAAGGAGAAGAAAAAGGGUUUCCGCGAGGGCGGGUAUUAUGCCUUCUAAAUGAGGCAUCUGCCCAGUGCUGGAAGCGAAGGAGUUCUAUGGACCAGGGUUUUCUUUUGUAUAUCUGGCGAGGAGUUUGGGUGAUGGGUAUUGAUUAGCGAGGAGAACUUGGUUUGGAUACCUUUUGGGAGGAACAAUGGAUAGAUGAGUGGGAUGGAUUGACAUGUAGGAAUAGG